UAAAUUAUAUUCUUGUGAUUUCAUAGUUUUAAUAGUUUUUGUGCGCGAAUUAUUAAGACUAUAACAAUUACGAUUUACAAAUUUUUUUUAACUCGAGAAAAAAAAGAUUAAUAAAUCAUAAUAAUUAAAUCUUAUUUCAAAGUUUAAAAUAUACGUAUUUUAUUCACAUGUGUUAUUAUGUUUCAUCAUGAUGAUGAACAGAUGAGAAGCUAUGAAAUACGUGUGCUACAGUAUUAUCUACGAAUGAUGAAUCUCAUAUUAUCAGUUUCUUCAAUUCUUAUCAUAAGAUAAAAGCACAAUUGGUUGUAAGUUUUAAAUGUACAGCGAAUAUAGUAAUCACAAGUGUUCUAGUACACGUGUACACUAACGUUAUUUUGUGGCUUAUUUCGUACAUAAAUUAUUCAUUUGUGCCACGUUUGUGGUUAAACAUCUACGAUAACGUGACAUAUCGCCAUUUUGAGAUCUAAAAUUUAUACAAUAACAGAAAUGCCAGAUAAUGAAAAAUGCACUAUAAAUCCGGAAGAACGAGUUCCCAUUUUACAACCAAAUGAAAAACUCUUAAAGAGACUGGAUAUUUUAGCUGAUCAUUUUCAAUCAACAUACAAUAUCAAACCUUUGUUUUUUGUAAGAGUUCCGGGAAGAGUUAAUUUAAUUGGUGAGCACAUCGAUUAUUGCGGAUAUGCUGUUUGUCCAAUGGCUAUUGAACAAGAUAUACUUAUUGCUGUAGCACUCUCAAACGACAACGUCAUUCAUCUUACUAAUUUAGAUUCAAAAUACAAAAAUUUCCACUGUAAUUUCAAAGACAUUAGUGUUUGUAUCGGAGACGUCGACAGCGGUCCAGAUUGGUACAAAUAUUUUCUCUGCGGUGUGAAAGGAGCUCUUGAAGUGAUCCCAGAGGAAUGUGUACCUUCAGGAAUUUUGGCUGCAGUUUGGGGUAACAUUCCUCCUAAUUCAGGACUCUCGAGCUCUAGCGCGUUAGUUUCUGCCGCUGUCCUUUUGAUCGUGCAUGCUAGUCAGUAUCAACUAUCGAAACGUGAAUUGGCUACCAUCAGUGCUAACGCUGAAAGAUAUAUUGGUACCCAAGGUGGUGGAAUGGAUCAAGCAAUCGCGUUCCUUGGAAAAGCAGGUUCUGCAAUGCUAAUCGAAUUCAAUCCCUUGCGUGGUACCGAUGUCAUGUUACCGGAAACCGCAGUAUUCGUAAUAGCGCACAGCCAAGCUUGUCAUAACAAAGCUUCCACAACAGAUUAUAAUUUAAGAGUUGCAGAAUGUCGCUUAGCUGCACAGAUGAUAGCAAAGAAAAGAAACAAACCUUGGGAACAUGUACAAAGACUAAUCGAUAUUCAAGAGAGUCUUAAUAUGAGCUUAGACGAAAUGGUUUCAGUUAUAACAACCGACCUUCACGAAGAACCAUAUACCCUAAGUGAGAUUAGCAAGAACCUUGAUAUAACGAAUGAGAAACUUCGUGAAAUAUCAUUAUUACAAACUUUUAGCAAUGCGCAAAUUUUCAAAUUAAAACAACGUGCUCUCCAUGUGUAUCAAGAGGCGGCUAGAGUACUCGAAUUCCAGCAUAUUAGUGAGAAAAAUGCAAUUGUGGAAGAAGAGAAGUUAAAACAACUAGGCAAUCUGAUGUCUAAUAGCCAUUUUAGUAUGCACAAACUAUACGAGUGCAGUCAUCCCAGUGUCAAUUCACUCGUUGAUAAAGCUAUGGCUUGCGGUGCACUCGGUGCAAGACUCACGGGAGCUGGAUGGGGUGGCUGCAUAGUGGCCAUCAUAACGAAAGACAAGGUUUCUCAAUUUGUGGAUACACUGAAAAAGGAGCUCGGUCUAUGUGGGAUAAAGGAUGGAUUCAAGCUCGACGAUCUGGUUUUUCCAACGGAACCGAACCAGGGUGCUGCAAUUUAUAUGAUCUAGUUUUCAUUCUCCAUCUAUUUCCUGCCUUCUUCUUGCAUUUUAUAAAUUCGAGCAAUUAAUUUAUCAAAAGGUUUCUUAAUUAUCUAUACGUAAUAAUGACAAUACAUGUGAUUAUAUAUGUAUAUAUAUAUAAGAAAUGAAAUUUGAAAUCAUUUCUAAUAAAGAGGCUAUUCGAUUAAUUUAUCUGUAAGUGUUAAACUUCCUUAUAAUGAAAUGCAUUUGAAAUGAUAACGUAAGAAAAGAUAUGAAUGAGAGAAAAAAUUAAAAAUUUGAUAGGCUUCUAUAAAAGUUUCUCUAUUUUUAAAAACUCGCUAGUUGAGAGAUUAGAUAAUCAUUAACAAUCAACAUUGAAAUUACAUAGCAAAUGGGAAAUCUAGUCAGCAGUUUCUGGAACAUUAUCAAAGUUUAUUUCGAAGGGAUAAAGGGGUGAAUAAAUGGAAUUUGUCAGGGAAAAUUUCCAUUCGACCUAGAUCCGUUUAAGGGAUUUCUUAUGUAUGUGAUUUUGAGGAUUCUAUCAUUGACAUGGAAAUAACAAGAAAAGAGCAUUGAGCAAAGAAAUCAUGCGUAAAUAAUUGCGAAUUCAUUCAAAUUUCUUCAUGGCACAUGAUGGAAUAAUUUUCAAGAUAUUUAAGAAUAUAAAAAGAUCAAAAUUGAAAAAAUAUAUAUUCGCAUAAGAACAUUUUUCAUGGGUUAGGUCAGCGUACUCGACAGUCUAAGAUCCGACAUUGAUAUUGAUUUUCUACUACCAGUCUAUGCUAAUAAAUUUCUCGAUAAGAGAAAGAACAACCAGCCACCGAAAAACUUGUUUCACCUUUGGAAUCGGUUGCUUCAUUGAUUUAAUCUGCUACCAUAUCGAAUGAAAGAUCAAGUUUAAUUUAAGAUUGAUUUGUGUUUUUUUCUUUCGCGAAAUUCUAGAAUAUUAUUUAAUUUUUAUUUUAUUUUAUUUAACUUUUUACAUUUAGCUUUAUUAACUUUUAAAUUUAGCUUUAUUAACUUUUUAAUUUAAUAUAAGAAUAUGUCUCAAACAUAAUUCAGAAUUUUAGAGAGUCAAAUUAUAUUUAACUUUUAACUUAUCAAAUUCUCUUCAUUACUUUAAUAUGUUGCUUUUGCAAUCAAGCGUGAAAUAACUCAUGAAUUUCACAUUAAACAGCAACGGUCGUAAAAUAUUUCAAAUAACUAGCUUAAAUUUUAAUGUAUAAUAUAUAUAUAUAUGUGCAACAACAUUUUUAUGAACAAAGUCCAGAUAUUCUAGAUUUCAAAGAUCCAGGAUAUAAUUUUAAAACUUUGUUAUAUAAAAUCUAUUUUUAUUAUAAGCUGACUUAUCACACUCUUUUAAUUUUGUUUUAAUAUAAAUUUAAUAAGAAA